AAGAUGGAGUACCAGGGACAGCACGGUCAGGCGACUAACCGCGUCGACGAGUACGGCAACCCGGUGGCCGGACACGGUGGCGUCAUUGGAGGGCACGGAGGGGGCGUCGGCACCGGCGCCAAGGUCGAGCAGAAGGCCCGCGGGAUCCUGCACCGCUCCGGCAGCUCAAGCUCCAGCUCCAGCUCGUCUGAGGAUGAUGGCAUGGGCGGGAGGAGGAAGAAGGGCAUCAAGGAGAAGAUCAAGGGGAAGCUCCCUGGUGGCCACAAGAACCAGCAGCAAACCGCCGCAACCGGUGGCGCCUACGGGCAGCCGGGUUACACUGGGGUAACCGGCACGGGGGCGCAUGGCACCACCGCACCCAUGGGUACCUACGGACAGCAGGGUCACACUGGAGUGACCGGCACCGGGGCGCAUGGCACCACAGCCACUGGCGGCGCUUACGGGCAGCAAGGGCACACCGGAGUGACCGGCACGGGGACGCACGGCACCGGAGAGAAGAAGGGGAUCAUGGACAAGAUCAAGGAGAAGCUGCCUGGCGGCCACGCUGACCCGCAGCACACCACGGCGACCGGUGGCGCCUAUGGGCAGCCGGGUCACACUGGAAUGACAGGCACCGGGGCGCAUGGCACCACGGCCACCGGUGGCGCCUAUGGGCAGCAGGGUCACACUGGAAUGACCGGCACUGGUACGCACGUCCCCACAGCCACCGGCGCCCCUUACGUGCAGCAGGGACACACCGGGAUGGCUGGCACGGGGACGCAUGCCACCGGCGAGAAGAAGGGCAUCAUGGACAAGAUCAAGGAGAAGCUGCCCGGACAGCACUGA